CUACACCUAUUUCUACGCUUUUACCAGUUCAGACAUAUCUAGAUAAAAACAACUGCGAUAAUAAUGAACUCACUAAUAUUAGAGAUGAAGAAUUGUCUAAUGAAAAGGGUGAUAUAAUAUCUGAAGAGUCAUCUAAUGAAACUGAUGAUCUAGUUGAAUCGUUGGAUCAAGAUGAUGGUAGUAUGAUGUCUGGAAAAUCGUCUAAUGAAACUGAUGAUCUAGUUGAAUUGUUGGAUAUUCAAGAGGGUAAUAUGAUAUUCAAAGAAUCGUCUAACGAAAGUGAUGAUUUAAGUGAAUCAUUGGAAGUUGAAGAAAAUGAACAUACCAAAUUUGAUAUUUCAGAAAAUUUAAUUAAAGGGUUAAAACUUUUUAAAAUUAAAGACAAUUAUAAUAUUUCUGAGGCUC